CAUUCUUUCUUCCUCUUGGCUUAUAUUAGGGGUAGGGGAUGUGGUUCAUUACAAAGAAUGAGUAUUUUGAUAGCUUCUCAUUCUGGGAACUAUUCUGCAGGUUUAUAACAAAGUUCAGAAAAUGCUAAAGCUUAAAGGAGAAUUGAGAGGUGCCAAGGAAAUGAAAGAUGAGGUGGGGGAAAGAGACAGAGAAGUGAGCAGCCUGAACAGCAAGCUCCUGAGCCUGCAAGUGGACAUCAAGAAUCUGCAUGAUGUCUGCAAGAGGCAGGGAAAGACCUUGCAGGAGAGUCAGCUCUCUGUGGAGGAGGCAAUGAUGAACAGCGGCCACAAUAAGAAACAAGCGUUAGCAUUCGAGGAAUUACAGAUGGAGUUUGAGCCCAGCAAACAGUGUCAUCUGAGACAACUCCAACAACUCAAGAAAAAAUUGCUGGCCCUUCAGCAAGAACUGGAGUUCCGCACAGAGGAGUUGCAGACUUCUUACUGUUCCCUCCUGCAGUAUCAAUCCGUCCUAGAGAAGCAGACUUCCGACCUGGUUCUUCUUCACCAUCACUGCAAACUGAAAGAAGAUGAGGUGAUUCUCUAUGAGGAGGAAAUUGGAAAUCAUAACGGGAACACAGGAGAGAAGCUGCAUUUGGCACGGGAGCAACUCGCCUUGGCCGGGGACAAGAUCGCCUCCCUAGAAAGGAGCUUAAACCUCUACAGGGAUAAAUACCAGACCUCCCUGAGCAACAUUGAGUUACUGGAGUGCCAAGUGAAGAUGUUGGAAGGGGAGCUCAGUGGCAUCAUCGCUCAGGAACCUGAGAACAAGGGUGAUCAUUCAAAGGUGCGUAUAUACACUUCUUCCUGCAUGAUUCAAGAGCAUCAGGAGACCCUGAAACGAUUGUCUGAAGUCUGGCAAAAGGUCUCUGACCAGGACGAUCUAAUCCAGGAACUUCGAAAUAAGCUAGCCUGCAGUAACGCUUUGGUUUUGGAGCGUGAAGAGGCUUUGAUAAAAUUACAAGCAGACUUUGCUUCUUAUACGGCCACCCACCGACAUCCUCCUAGCUCCUCAGAAGAUUGUGAAGACAUCAAAAAGAUACUGAAGCACUUGCAGGAGCAGAAAGACAGCCAGUGCCUGCACGUGGAGGAGUACCAGAACCUCGUGAAGGACUUGCGCAUGGAGCUGGAAGCUGUGUCGGAACAAAAGAAAAACAUCAUGAAGGACAUGAUGAAGCUGGAGCUGGACCUGCACGGGCUGCGGGAGGAGACCUCUGCCCACGUGGACAGGAAGGAUAAGGAGGUCGUCAUCCUGCAGAGGCGGCUGCAGGAGCUGCAGGUGCAAUUCACUGAGACACAGAAGCUCGGUUUGAAGAAAGACACGCUCCUCCAAGAGAAAGAUGAAAUGCUGCAUGAGCUAGAGAAGGAACUGGCACAGGUUCAGACAACACUCAUGAAAAAAGAUAUGGAGUUGGAGAACCAGCAACUAAUGACAACAGAACUCGAAAUCGCCAUCCAGGAGGCGAAGCAGAAUAAGUGCAAGGUGGAGUGUGGGGCCACGCGAGUUGAGAUCCAGAAGCUGAAGGGCUGUCUCAAAGAUGCCCAACAGCAGCAGAGGCUGGCUGCUCAGCAAGCAGCCCAGUAUAAAGAAGAGGCCAUUCUGGCAAGGAGUAACCUGGAGGAUUCCCAGAGGAAACUGCAAAACUGCAUUUUCCUGGAGAAGCAGAAGGCAGACACUAUCCAGGAGCUGCAGAGAGAGCUUCAGAAGCUACAGAAGGAUUCCUUGAUGGCUGAAGAGGAACUCACACCCAACAGGAAACGGGUAGAGGAGCUGACAUCAGAACUCGCGGAGGCCCUGAGGAAGCUUGAAAAUGCAGACAAGGAAAAGAGGCAGCUUCAGAAGACAGUGGCUGAGCAGAAUAUGAAACUGAAUGACCUGCUAGAUCGUAUAAAACUCAUUCAACACCAGCACAGGGAGCAAGGUUGCACCAAAACCACUCUAGAAGAGGAGCUUAAGGAGGCAACAAGGUUACUAGAGGAGAAACGGGAGCAAUUGAAAAAGAGCAAAGAACGGGAGAAGGUGCUGGAGCAAGAGAUUGAGUCACUCCGACAGGAAGAAAAAAAGAAAGAAAAGAUGUCAAAAGAGAAUUUGCUAAAGUUGGAGGAGGAAAAUGAGACUCUCAAAGCACAGUUAAAGCAAUGUACUACACAGCGGGAUUCCUCUCUCAGCAAAUACAGCGCCUCCCAGAAAGUCAUCCAAGAGCUGAAUAGUGAGAUAGCCCAACAGAAGGAGGUCUUAGCGUGUCUGCAGGCCCAGCUAGACACGAAUCUGCAGAAAGAGAAGCAAUGUCUCCAGACCAUGGUCAGUAAAGCAGCUUAUGAGGAAUUAUCCCGGAAGUCAAUCGCCAGCCAAGAUGACCUGACAGAAGCCCUCGAGAAGCUCAAUCAAGCGACCUCAGAGACCAAGAGCCUGCACCGGAGCUUGAUGCAGGCCCAAGAUAGGAAAGCUCAUCUGGAAGAUGAAAUCAUGGUUUAUGAGGAAAGGAUGAAAAAGCUCAACAUGGAAUUAAAAAAACUUCAGGGCUUCCACCAGCAGAGUGAGCUAGAGGUACACGCGUUUGACAAAAAGCUGGAGGAGAUGAGCAACCAAGUGCUGCAGUGGCAGAAGCAGCACCAGAGUGACCUCAAGAUGCUGGCCGCUAAAGAAGAGCAGCUCAGGGCGUUCCAGGAGGAAAUGGCUGCCCUGAAAGAGAACCUCCUUGCCGAUGAAAAGGAGUCCUGUUGCCUGCCCCAGCGGUCAGUGGCCAAAGACACCUGCAGGCUGCACCGAGAGAACGAUCAGAUUAUGACCAACAUGGAACAAUGGGCAAAAGAGCAGAAGAUCGCCAAUGAGAAAUUAGGAAACAAGCUCCGUGAACAGGUUAAAUAUAUCGCCAAACUGACCGAUGAAAAGGACCAACUCCACAGCGUAAUGGUCCAUCUGCAGCAGGAAAACAAGAAGCUGAAGACCGAGAUAGAGGAGAAGAAGCUGAAAGCCGGGCACCCAAGGUUAUGCACCAAAGCCCUCAGCCCAAGCAAAAUGGAGCCCACACAAAGGGGGAAAGUGUGCAGCACCUUGGGCUGGAGGGGGAUAACCCAGGACAUGAGCCAAAGAGUGGACAUCACCAAGUGUAUCAGGAUGCCCCACUGCUCAGGUUCCUCAUAUUGCUAGAAUCAGUGCCUUGUCCCAAGCGUCAUUUCCACGCAUGUUUUUCAGAGGACUCUCUCUUGACCUGGAUCAGCUCUUAUAGGAACAUAUCAAGGUCCCAGCCUGUUGUGCAAAGUGCUAACGUUUGAGUUUUGUCCACUUCCUGCAGUGGAGUGAGCUUUGGAAUCAUACUACCAUCUCCAGGCCCAAACCCCAAAAUAAAGACAUGAGCA